AUGGAAGAAAGUAUUGGAAAGGAGAAAACUCUACCGCCGGGAUUCCGGUUUCAUCCUACAGACGAAGAACUCAUCACUUGCUAUCUGAUAAACAAGAUAUCAGAUUCUAGUUUUACAGGCCGAGCAAUCACUGAUAUAGACCUCAAUAAAUUUGAACCGUGGGACCUUCCAGAAAAAGCAAAGAUGGGAGAAAAGGAAUGGUACUUUUUCAGUAUGAGAGAUCGUAAAUACCCAACUGGUGUAAGAACCAACCGAGCAACUAACACAGGAUACUGGAAAACCACAGGGAAAGACAGAGAAAUUAUCGACAGUGUUACGUCGGAAUUGGUUGGUAUGAAGAAGACUUUGGUUUUCUACAAAGGUAGAGCUCCUAGAGGAGAGAAGAGCAAUUGGGUCAUCCAUGAAUAUCGUGUUCACUCUCAGUCAACCUUCACAACAAACAAGGAGGAAGGAUGGGUUGUUUGUAGGGUAUUCAAGAAGAGUGGAAGUGGAAAAAAGUAUCCUAGUAAUAAUUCAAACCCUACAAAAGCAGGAGUGAAUCCUUAUAAUCAUAUGAUGCUGGGAGAUUCUUCAGCUCCUCAUCAUAAUUUCCUUUACGGAUGGAAUCAUAACUGUAAUAGUACUGCUGCACCAACAGUCCAAUAUUCUCAUCUGAACUAUCCUGCAAAUAUACUGUCAGCAACAACAGGAGGAGAUGGAGGAUUCAGCAUUUCAGGGCUUAAUUUGAAUCUUGGAAACGGAGUAGCUACUACUAUGCUUCCAAUGCAACAUUCUCAUGCAACAAUGGAUGAUCAUGUGAAUUCAAUAAACAUGAAUAUGAUGAAUGCAGCAAAUAAUAUGAACUGUGUUGGAGCAGAUCAGAAUAUUAAUAAUAUCGUAGGUUAUGGUAUUGGUAUGGAGCAUUGCACGGAUCUUGAUACUUACUGGCCUUGUUCCUACUGA